AUGAUUCAGUUGCAGGAAAACAACUCUAAGGUGAAGCGUGCUCUGGCAUUUGAGGAAGUUCUGGACUCAAUUGGUUCCAGAGGGAAAUUCCAGAUGAGACUGAACGUUGUCUUCGUUUGUUUUGCAUCAUGUUUCAACCUGAUGAGCGUCAAUAUGUUCUACAUUGCUAUGCAGACUCCUGAUCACUGGUGCCAUGUACCUGGUCGAGAACACACCAACCUGUCACUCGAGGAGUGGAAGAACUUCACUGUUCCCAGGGAAGGAGCCGCUUUCAGCAAAUGCUUGAUGUAUAACCAGAGUGAUGUGAGGGACUUCAGCAACAAGACGGAACCUGUGAAGUGCCAGCACAGCUGGGAGUAUGACAAAACCUGGUUCUCACUGACAGUGGCAUCACAGAUGAAUUGGGUCUGUGACAACCAGCAGACUGUUAAUAUCGUCUUGUUCUACUCACAGACUAUUGGAGUGGCAUUAGGCUUACUUUUUGGCUAUGUAGGUGACAUGUACGGCCGGCGCCCCCAGCAGCUGCUGUGCCUGUCAGCCCACGUGGUCAGCAGAGUGCUGGUCGUGCUGUCUCCACACGUGCUGCCGCUCUUCAUCCUGGCAGCGUCACUCGUCUCUGGUGCGGCCGGGCCAAUGGAGGAGUCUUUAUUGGCUGUCGUGCUAGUUCUGAGUCAGUUCCUCAACAUACAUUUUAAGUGGGAUUGGAUCGGAACACAGCCUUGCCUUAGUCCUUUUGUUAUGAGAAAUUUCGAAGAAACUUUGACACAAAAUCUGCCUGGAACUUACAGACAUCAAGCACCGCUCUGUUAUCAACCGCUACGCAUCCUGUAG